AUGCCCAUCGCUUACCAUCUAACGCGUACUAGCCCCAGGGGCAACAAUUGCAGAUCCAUUGUGACUGCCUUUUCCAUUGCCGUUUGCAUACGCAUCUGGAUUACCAGUUCCAUUGCGUUGGCCCAAACAGACAAAUUGUAUGGUCAUUGGUUGCGAACUUAUGCGGUUAUUGUUGACUCUGUAGACGAAUAUGCGUAUGAUAAUGGUGUCUUUGGCGAGAAUAGCACCAUUGCUAUCGAUAGCAACAACAGCACGAACACCAACACAACCUCAGAUGAUGGUGUAGUGGACACUUCGAGCAACACUGGAUCUACCAGGAUUAAAACGUAUUGUGCCCAGGUGAAUUACACUACCGCUUGGAAUGCGCCAGUGACUGCUAUCAGCGACUAUCCAUCAGAUUGCUCUACGAGUCCAGAUGGGAUAUCCAUUGGGCUGGCUUUUGAAAUUCGAUAUAACCCUGACAAUCCUCAGGACUUCAUCAAACAAGUUUUCUUUGCGGAUGAGAUCAUGUCUCUCGGUCUAAUGAUUGGUAUUGGCUUUGUAUUAACAUUGAUUUUGUGCUACUUCAUUUGCAAGUCAAAACCGGAAGAUCUCCAGCAACAUGAUUCUUUUGAUGGAUAUGGUGGUGGUGGUGGUGGGGACGAUGAAGAAAUGGGACGGCCACGGGAAUCGCCGGAAGAACGCAAGGAACGCAUCCUUUCCAAGAUGAUUUUCCAAACCGUCCGAGAAGAUCUCAGCAAUAUUACUGCCGAGCGAAUGCGAGAAUUGGCAACAGAAGAAUUAGCUGCUGAAGAAACUACAAAUCCAGAAGAGCAACAGCAAGAAGACCAGGCGACAAUUGACAAUGAUCCGAAAGAGAAGCCAACUUCAAUUCCAAAAUCCGAUACUACAACUGGAGAGGAAUCACACGGUGCAUUGGAGGAACGGAAAGACUCUGGCGCCAGUAAGAAAGGUGAGGCCGAAAACCAAAAUGAUGACAGGUCGACCGUUGGGAGCAGUGCAACUUCCAUCGAACACGACGGAAACAAUCAUGAUGAUGAAAACCACCAAGGCAAUGGCAGCUUACUUCAAAUGUUCACUUCGUAUUGGCGGCCGGAAGGAGAAGGAGAAGCUGAAUGUUGUGUUUGCUUGGACAAAUACGAGGCUGGAGAUACUAUCUGUGCCUCUAAGAAUCAAGAAUGCACACAUGUCUAUCACAAGGAUUGUGUCAUGGAUUGGCUGAAGAAUCACAAUCAAUGUCCAUUGUGUCGAACGGAUUUGUUGAGAUGA